AUGUCAAUUAGACAAUUUGUAGGGAUUCAAGAAAUAGCUAAAAAGGCUUUUAAUUCUUUGAUUGUGAUUCGUAAGGAGAUCGAGACUAAAAACCAAGAAGUUUUGGCACAUGGAAUAUCAGUUUACAAUUAAGUUGUUCCUGUUGAUGCAAGCAGAAGCAAAUUUGGAUUUUUUAGAUGUAAUUAAACAUUAUAUUAAUUUUUAGCAUCUCGUUUAGACAAUAGAUCUGAUCAUAGAUAUUAUGAUAUGAACCCAUUACCUGCUCCAGAGUCUAAAAUUGCUCGUGUUUACAUUAUGGAUGAUAAUCGUAUGCAUUAAAGUAAUUAGUUUUUAUGAAUAUACUUAGAUCCAACUAUGAAAUAAGGAUAUCAUUGGAAUGUCUAAAUAGAGAGAGGACCUAUUCAUAGAAUGCCUUGGAGUGGUUGGACUUUUUCAAAAGAUUAGAAGAGCAGAAAAGUUUAUAAGUUCGUCAGUUUGGAAGCUGCACUAGAAUUUUGCUAAUAAGAUGGGUAUGGAUAUAUUGUUUAAUAUCCACACUUUCGUUACACUUCUAAGAGAAAGUAUGCUGACAAUUUUAAGUGGAAGGGAUUUCCAAAGGAUGAAUAAGACUCUUGAA